AAAUGUAAUGUAAAAAAUGAUAAAUAAUGAAGCUCGAAUAUAAAAUAGAGAAGAUGAUGUAAGAAUAAAAUUCGGCAAUAAAUUUAUUUACAACUAGGAAUUACAAUUUACAAGGCAAAGCCCUCUCCUUUUAAGUUUUAACCGGCUCUCGUAGAGAAGGGUCUCACAGUCUCACUCCCCAAAACCCUAAAUUCUGCGAAAUAAGAGGAAAUUACCCAAGUUCAUUGACAUGAGGAUCUUCUAUUCUGGCGUUAUGAAACAAUGAAGAAUCGGAUAGCUCAGACUCCAUUUUGAUUUGUUUUCCUGCACUUCCUUAGCAACCAAACAGACCUAUUUUCUAUUGAAUUCAGGGUGUCCAUGGCGUCAAUGCUAACUCAGUUACAAACUAAGCUGGCUCAGGCUUCACAGUACAUGGCCAAACAUGGAGGUGCUCGCUACAAACAGUUAUUGGAGCAGAACAAGCAAUAUAUCCAAGAGCCACCCACCAUUGAGAAGUGCCAAACGCUAGCUAAUGAAUUGUUUUACACUCGUCUUGCCAGUAUUCAUGGUCGUUAUGAGUCCUUCUGGAAGGAAGUAGAUUAUGUCAAGUACCUAUUGAAGAACAGGCAGGAGAUGAAGUUAGAGAAUGCUGGCAUUGGUGUUCUGUUUGGACUUGAGUGCCUCGCCAGGUUUUAUGGCGGUGAGAUUGUGGGCAGGGGGUUUACGCUCACUGGUUAUCAUGUUUGAGAGGAUGCUUUAGGGGUAAACAUCCUAGUUGCUCAGUUAUGGAAGAUUCUUACUUGGUGAUCUGCAUCAAUCUGCUUAUACAUACCAUUUUUUCUUCAGACUUGAAAGAUGAGACUGACGAGUCAGCAAAACAUAGCUUACACAAUAAUAAAUGAAUUUACAUUUUUGCCAUGAAUGUUCUCAUUUAAAUCCAAAUGAGGCAAACUGUUGAUAUUUAACUGGAUGGAUAAAAGAUAAAGGAAGUUCUGGAUGAGUUUUAUGAUGGAAGAGUUUUGGAAUUCAGCAAA